AUGUCCGACUUCCUGGGCACGAAGCUGACCAACCACGAUGUGAAUGAAGUCAGGAGGGAGUUUCGAAAAAAGAGGAAGCACAACCACUACGAUGAGUAUGACUUUUAUGUGUACUACAAAAAUUUGCUAGCGGAAGAAAGGAAGAAGAAGGAGAAGCGCGAAAGAAGUAAAAGGAGAAAGGAAAAAGAGCAGGCAGAGGCAGAGGACGAAUUUAAGCCCACCAAUUACAUAUCCAGCAGAUACAAACGAAAUGAAGAUGUAGUCAAAAAAGGAAUAUAUGACUACAUCGAUGAGGAGGAUAGCAUCUAUGAGGACAUAAUCACAAGUGCGAACUUUGAUGAUAAAGCGAAUUACGCAGAUGACCUCCAGUUUAGCUUUUUCAACGAGAGUGUGUCCUACGCACUGUUAAGGAACAACAAUUAUAUUGAUGGUAUUCCCAUCGGAAUAGACAUGAAAGUGGGAAACAAGUACAUAAGGGAAGAUGCAUCUAACAGUAACAACGCCAAUAUGGCUGCUAAACAGGAUAGUGUCACAUCGAUGGGCACUAGUAGACAUGUUAGUUCCCCCCUUGGUGAAAAGCCGAACGCACAGGUUAAGAAGAACAGCACAGAGGAGUCCAACAACGAUGAUGUGGGUGAAGGAGACUCUUCUAAAAGGCGAAAAGCUAUAGGCCCAAAAUUACCAACAAUUUUCGAACAAAUUAGACACAAAAUAGGGGAACAAACAGACAUAACGGAGAGGAACGAAAAUGAAUACAUAAACAUUUUAUCUUCUCGAAAUCGUCUCAUUUUGUUAAAAAUGGAAGAGCAGAAGAAGUUUGAAAAAUUAAUUAAAGAGAUUUAUAAGCCAAAGAAUAACUUCGAAGGGGCCUUUUAUAAAAAGAAGGAAAACAGUAUUGACCAAGUGAAGAAGCGCGAAAUGAAUCGCCUCAGGAAGGAUUUCCUUUUACCGCACCGAAGGGGUAUCCACGAUGAGGGGUCAAUUGAUGCGCCCACACAGAUCGAAAUAACAACAACAGGAAGGAAGCAAACGUUUGGGCAAACGGACUAUGAAGACUAUUCGGAUAGCUCCCUAGAGAACGCAUAUACGAGUUCAGCACGGAGAAAUACAAACAAGGGUUAUGCCAUGGUGCUCGACAGGAAGAGUAGACAAAGCGAAGACAGUUGCAUAAUUCCAUACAAUAACUUCAGCAUCGAUAUUGACAGCGGUGAGGAGGACGCCUUCGUUUUGUAUAACCCAGGGGAGUAUCAAGCGGAAGAAAUGCUACUCCUGCGCUCCAAAUUUUAUCGCACACUUUUCAGAAGCAGAUGCGUAGAGAAGCCUUACAAUCGCGCCCUUGCAGACGAGAUAGAAGAUCUAAACAUGAGAUACGCAAAGUUAAUUAACCCCAACAUGGAAGCGAAGCUGAGCAAAAGCGAGUUACUCGAAUUGUAUGUGCCCAAGAAGAGCUGGGUGCAAACUGGCAAUACUUUAACGCACGAUGAGCAGGUGGCGCAAAACGAAAUCUACGUUUUGAAAAAUAAAAUAAAUUUUAACAAUGACUUGAAGAAAAAGCAUAGGUUUUAUUUUUAUUGCAGAAUGAAGGAGGGGAGGAUGAAUGCGGAUGGAAGUCUGAGCAGACGUGUAGACAACAUUCUGAGUGCAGCGGAAAGAGCAGAAUUUGAAGAAUUAAUGGGAAAGCUAAAAGUAUACUACCUGGACUUUUACAACAGAGAAAUUGCAAACGAAGAUGUGAGCACCAACUUCAAGAUACAGGAAUACGAAUUUGAGAAAUGCGUGUGUGAGAAGCUAGGCAUUUCGGACCCUUCCGCAGGGGACCAAAGUGGCGCAGAAAUGGAAGAACGGUCCAUCGUCGACGAUUUUUUGAAAAUCCCGCAGUUCGUUUUUGAUGCCAUUUUUUGCGCGUAA